UUUUCCUUCCUCAAAUUUUCUUAGUCCUCUUCAUGUGGGUCUCUCUUGUAUGUCUUUUACAUUAUACCUACCUACUUCUUCCCAGAACAUGAGAUAGGCGAUGUCUGUCUUGCCUUUUUAAGUUUGGAGGGUGCUUGAUUUCUAGAUUGACUGUGUGGGGAAAGAGGAUCCCCUCUUCUCAGUGGGGAUCAGUGUUGCUUGAGCUCCCAAGAGGUUCACAUCCUGGGAACCAGAUGAGCUUCCCCAACAGAAGAUCCAGACUGGAUGAGAAAGUUCUGAGAUCCCAACGAGGGUCAGAUCCUGAGAUUAGAAUAAGAGAGAGCUCCCUGGAUCACCUCAGGUGCUGGUUUAGGGUGAAAGGGGUCUUGAGGUGCAGACACUGGUAGAGCUUCUAAGGCCUGAUUCAAUUUUUUCACUUCCUCUUGCCUUUGAGUAAGCCAGACACACAAGGCUCUCAGAAACUCAGAACACGCCAUUUUAUGCUGUUGGUUACUAGCUUUGCUUCUUGGAUCAGAUAUUCUGUGGUGACCAGAUCAAAUCUUCUUCCUUCACUCCAAAGAGCCAUGGGCUCUGGAAGUGGCUGCUUAGGCUUGCGUUUUUUCCUGCUCCCCCUGGCACUGGCUCUGGCUGCCACCAACUUCCCGCAGUUUCUGCCUUGCGAGCUUCAGCCUUUUGGAGUGGUGGACUGCGACCGGAGGAGCCUGGGCACCGUGCCCUCCUUCUCCGGGGCCACCCCGGCGGCCUUGGGCAACGUGAGCGCGCUGCUGCUCCGACACAACCACAUCAGCCGCCUUCGCCCGGCGCAUUUCGCCCACCUGGGUAGCCUGCGGCAGCUCUCGCUGCGAUGGAACUGUGCGCCCACCAACCUCACGGCCCUGCGCCUGCCCUGCCGCAUGGUCAUCGAGCCGGGCACUUUCCUGGGCUUAGCCAAUCUGAAGCUCCUCGACCUGUCGGGGAACAGCAUCACCUCGGUCCCCGAGCUGCCCCCGUCGCUGACCAGCCUGGUCAUCAGCUACACCAUGAUCCUCGCGCUGGACUCGGCCAUCUUCUUGGGCCUCGGCGGCCUGCGCUCCCUCUACAUGGACGGCAACUGCUAUUACAAGAACCCCUGCGGGCGGGAGGUGGACGUGCCCCCGGGGGCGCUGGCCGGCCUGCGGCAUCUCACCAAGCUGUCGCUCAAGUACGACAACCUGACGUCGGUGCCGCGGGGGCUGCCCGCCAGCCUGCGGAUGCUGCUGAUCUCCUCCAACCGCAUCGUCAGCUUGUCCCUCCGAGACUUUGCCGGGUUCCCGGGCCUUCGCGUGCUGGACGUCAGCAGGAACUGUCGGCGCUGCGACCACGCUUACAACCCGUGCGUGGAGUGCCCCGCGGGCUACCCCAAGGUGGACCCGGACACUUUUAGUCACCUGGGAGCACUGGAGGGCUUGGUCCUGAGGGACAACUCCUUGAGUCAGCUCGACCCCCGCUGGUUCCAGAACCUGGGCCACCUCACCGUGUUGGACCUCAGCGAGAACUUUCUCUCCGAGGAUAUCACCAACACCACGGCCUUUCAAAGCCUGCCCAAGCUGAAAAAGCUGAACCUGUCCUUCAACUACCACAAGAAGGUGUCCUACGCCCGGCUCCGCUUGGCGCCCUCCUUCCAGAAUCUGACGGCCCUGGAGAUGCUGGAUAUGACCGGUAUCUUUUUCCGAUCCCUCACAUGGGCCACCCUCCAGCCCUUGCUGGGACUCCCCUCCUUCCAGAAGCUGCUCCUGCCCAUGAACUUCAUCAGCAAGGCUGAACUGUCUAUCUUCGGUCACUUCCGCUCUCUGAGAUACGUGGACUUGUCGGAAAACAAGGUGCUGGGUGUAAGCCCGGCGACCAGUGGGAACCGAGCACCGGUAGCCAGCUCCGAGCCUCUCCUAAGGCUGAAGACGGCCUCCCAAGACAAGCCCCUUUCUGAAGGCUUUAUGCCCCGCUGUAACUCAUCUAAUUUCAUCCUAGACCUCUCCCGGAACAACCUGGUGACCAUCCAGCCAGAGAUGUUCCAUCAGCUGUCUGCUGUUGAAUGCCUGAGGCUGUCUAGCAACAGCAUCGCCCAGGCCUUCAACGGCUCCCAGUUCAGCCCCCUGACCAGCUUGUGGCUGCUGGACUUGUCUCACAACAAGCUGGAUUUGUAUUACGGCAAGGCGUUCACUGAACUGCCUGGGCUCAAGGCUCUGGACCUCAGCUACAACAGCCAGUCCUUCCGGGCCCAAGGCAUCGGCCACAACCUGAGCUUUAUAGGCAACCUCCCGAGCCUGCGCUAUCUCAGCUUGGCGCACAACGAGAUCUACAUGAGGGUCUCCCAGAAGCUCUUCAGCACCUCCUUAGUGGCCCUGGACUUUAGCGGCAACCUGCUGAGCCGCAUGUGGAGCGAGGGGGACCUCUACCUUCACUUCUUUCAGGGUCUCAGAAAGCUGUCUUCGCUGGACCUGUCCCAGAACAAACUCCGCACUCUGCCAGACCAGGCUUUGGACUGCCUCCCCAAGAGCCUCCGCCUGCUCUGGGCCAAGAACAACCACAUCACUUUCUUCAACUGGAGCAGCUUGCACCUGCUGCCUUCCCUGGAGGUGCUUGACCUGUCUGGGAACCUGCUGGGCCGCCUGGCCACCGGUCACAUCCCCAGCAGCACCCGGCUCCACACCCUGAACCUCAGCCACAACGGCAUUGACUUUAUCGCCCAGGGCUUCUUUGCCCCGGCCACCAAGCUGCGGGCCCUCAACCUGUACGGCAACUCUCUGAAGACCUUGGACCGAGGCUGGUUUGGGGGCUUGGCCCCCGCCCUGCAGGAGCUGGACAUCAGGGCCAACCCGCUGCACUGCGAGUGCGACGCCACCUUCCUGGACUUCCUGCUGGAGAUCCGGGCGGCCGUGCCCGGCCUCACCAACCAGGUGGUGUGCGGGAGCCCCUUCCCGCUCAACGGGAAGAGCGUCUUCGCGCAGGACCUGCGCCUGUGCCUGGACGUGAGGCUGGCCUGCGGCUGCUUCGCCCUCUCGCUGGCGGGCACGCUGCUGACCCUGGCCGCGCCCACCCUCCAGCGGCUGUUCGGCUGGGACCUCUGGUACAUCUUCCACCUGGGCCUGGCCUGGCAGGUGUGGAAGAAGGGCAAGGCCGCGGCUCAGGCCUACGACUACGACGCCUUCGUGGUGUUUGACAAGGCCCAGGAGGCCGUGGCUGACUGGGUUUACAACGAGCUGAGGGUGCGCCUGGAAGAGGGCCGGGGCCGGGGGAAGGCGCGCCUCCGGUUCCGGCUGUGCCUGGAAGACCGGGACUGGCUGCCCGGGAAGAGCCUCAUCGAGAACCUCUGGGACUCGGUGUACCACAGCCGCAAGACCCUGUUCGUGCUGUCGGCCCGGGGCCCGGCGGCCCCCCCGCGCGUCAGCGGGCUGCUCCGGGCCACCUUCCACCUGGCGCAGCAGCGGCUGCUGGAGGACAAGCAGGACGUGGUGGUGCUGGUCAUCCUCAACCGCGUGGUGCGCAAGUCCCGCUACGUGCGGCUCCGCCAGCGCCUCUGCCGCAAGACGGUCCUGUUCUGGCCCCGGCAGCCCAGCGGCCAGGACGCUUUCUGGGCGCAGCUCCGCAACACCCUGGCCACCGACAACCGGAGCUUCUACAACCGAAACUUCUGCCGCGGACCCUGAGAGCUCCCGGGGAGGGCCCCGGCCGCAGGCCCCACAAGCCCGGGCGCAGGACCAGUCCGCGCCUCGCACUCUGUCAGCGCUUGUGGAUGGGCCGCCCCCUGGAUAAACGCAAGGCGGGUCCCGGGAGGGGAAGGCGCCGCAGCCGGGAAAGCAGGGAAGCGGCAGCGACAGCUGGGCGCUGCCGAGGAUGGAGCCCCAGCCCUGGAGUCAGGAGGACGCGAGUGCAAGUCCCAGCCGUGGCCCUGGGCAAGUCAUCAACCCCACCUGCCCCGGCCAAAAAGGAACACAGUGGCGGGCCACGAAUGAGAUCUACUGCGGGACAGUCAGCAAGCAGGGCCCGUGGUUCCGGCUGGGGGUCCUAAAGAAAGCUAUUUCGUGAGGCGUCAGGGAGCAAAAUAAAAAUUACAUUUUUAAAAUUAAAGCGUUUUAUUUCUCAAAACAUAUGUAUGGAUAAUUCUACACUGAUAAUAUAAGAGGAUGAUUAAAGGGAAUCAAGGAGGAGGAGGAGGGAACAAAGGGAAGGGACCCGACUUGAGGAUCACUCCUGGAGAAGCAGGGAAUUGGGGGUAGUUUGGGAUAGAAUUUCUGGAAAGAGCCAGGAAAAGGAGAUGCUUUAGCGUUAAUUGAAGGGAAAGGGAAAAAGAAAGUUCAUUGUUCUUAAUUCAGUGUUUUGUAUUUGUGGGGGUGCAUGUGAACUUGAAUGGAGAAAAAAUUACAUCUUUGUUUUUCAUUAGCCUCUAAUUAAA